UCAACAUAGGUGCUUCCCAGCUAGAUAAAUGUCCGGCAGGUGUGACCAAGGACCGCUACCUUCAAGUCCACGGCGACUCGUGCUUCUGGUUCGUCAUCUUCCGCCAGAGAACUCACUCCCAAGCCAAAGCGGACUGCACGAGCUUCGGGGGCACCUUAGCUCUGGUCAAAACACAGGAGCUCAACGACUACAUCUACAACCAGAUGGUGCAGACCUACAGGAGCCCCGUGGGCACGCUCUGGAUCGGCCUCAACGACAUCAACAAAGAAGACACGUUCGUCUGGGAGGACGGGUCAAGUCUGGCGUACAGCAACUUUGCGACCUCAGAAGGGACGGCCAACAACACCCAGGGCGUCCACACGCCCCACCCCAACGAAGACUGCGUUGUCAUCGACAUAGGCGCCCGGGGCAAGUGGCGAGAUUACCAGUGUGAUCUUCACACCACGUCCAUUAUCGACGUGGCGGAGCUCCAUUCGUAUCUCUGCCAAUUCAAAUUGAGCGCCUAAAAAUCAAGAAAGUCGAAAAACUAUAAUUUAUUUCGAAAAAGACACGCUCCCCUUGAUUUGUUACGACCAUAAUAUACACGGAACAUUUUGUUUUCGUAUGCACUUCUUGUAACUUGCGUCAUGACCCAUUAAUAUACAGCGG